UUUAGUAAUAAGUGUUAAAAUAUGUACCAUUGUUACAAGUUAAUAAGUACAUAUAUGCUCUUAUUUUUAUUAUUUGCAUCAAUACAAAACACCCAUGUAGUGUUAAAUGAUCAUCUACUUUAAUUAUUACAGCAUUAUUACCAAUUAACAAAUGAAAAAAAAAAAAAAAUCAAUACAUUGUCCGAAAACAAGAUUCUCAAAUUUAUAUUACACGUUAAUGACGUCAUACAUCAUAACCGCCUUUUCUACACGCUCCCGGCUAAACCCUAUUACAAAAAGGCGGCAAACAAACGAACCCCCAAUUUGUUAUAAACAACCAUAAAUUCCAGCCACCAAAAUAAAAAAUCAACAUAAAAAAUUCUGUAAUAAUCCCACAAAAUUAUUAGGAUAAUUUGAAUUUUAGUACCUCAAAUAUGGGGGUAAUUGAAUUUUAGUACCCAUCUAAAAUUUUAUUUUAAAUUAGUACCUCAAAAAUGACUAAACUAUAAAUAUCAGUACCUCCGUCCAUGUUCCGUUAAGUUUCCGUUAGUGGGGCCCUUUAUCUAAUUAUUUAAUAAUUUAAUUUAUUAAAAAAAAAACAUUUUAUACAAAAAAAAAAAAACUAAAAAAAUAAUUAAAAAAAAAAAUCAGCCACACCGGCGCUGGCCACCCCUUCCCCGAAACCCUAGCGCAACCACCACCAUCUUCCCUCCCUUUCUCGUUCCUGGCCGCGGCACCCCACCCCCUCCCUUUCCCUUUCCCUCCCUGUUUUCCCCUUCCCCUUCCUUGUUCCUGGCCGCGGCGAUGUGGUGGAUUUCAGAUAAGGUGGGUUUUGAAUUUGGGGUUUUAGGGUUCGUCGGUUGUGGGUUUUAGGGGUUUCUGGGUUCGUCGGUUGUGCGGUGGUGGGUUUUAGGGGUUUCUGGGUUCGUCGGUUGUGGGGUGGUGGGUUUCUGGGUUCGUCGGUGGUGGGGUUGUGGGUUUCGGGGGUUCGUGGGUGGUGGGGUGUGGUGGGUUUCUGGUUUCGGGUGUUCGUGGGUGGUGGGUUUAUGGCACCCCUGGGCUUCCUGCCUGGCCGCGGCGGCAGCUGCUGUGGCUGGGCUUCCUGCCUGGCCGCGGCGGCAGCUGCUGUGGUUGGGCUUUGCUCCAGGGAAGGGGAAAACAGGGAGGGAAAGGGAAGGGGUGGCCGGCGCCGGUGCCAGGGGAAUUCGGCCACCAACAGCCGGAAGCCGGCGCCGGCGCCGGCGCUGGUAUCAGUGGCUGUUUUUAUUUUUUAUUUUUAUUUUUAAAGUUUUUUUUUUAUAAAAUGUUUUUUCUUGUUUUUUUUUUAAUUAAUUAAAUUAUUAAAUAAUUAGAUAAUGGGUCCCACUAACGGAAAACUUAACGGAACUAGACGGAGGUACUGAAACCUAUAGUUUUGUCAUUUUGGAAGUACUAAUUUAAAAUAAAAUUUUAGAUGGGUACUAAAAUUCAAUUACCCCAUAUUCGAGGUACUAAAAUUCAAAUUUUCUAAAUUAUUACAAACAUUGAAUUUCAUUACAUUUUCCCUAAAAAUACUGUAUUCCUUUUUCUAAAUCCGUUUUUUUUUUCUUCCAAUUUUUACAUCACAUCAUCAAAUCAGUUCAGACCCCACCAUAAUUUUUUCUGGGUACUCCAAAUUUCGUCGGGAUUAUAACAUUCUCUCUCAUAAUUCCACUUUUUGUACUGAAAUCCACCAUUACCCAAUUACCCACCUCUCAAAUUCAGCACCCAAAUCACCAUUGUUGAACUAAGAGAGAGAAAAUCAAUGGGUUGUUCAUAUUCAUCGCCAUUAUCGAAGAAGAGACUGAAGUACAGGUACUUAACUCCAGGUGUCGGUGUAGGUGGUUGUAAGGGUGUCGGAGGAGGUAAAGACGACAUCGUUUCGCUUUGUAGAGAGAGAAAACGACUCGUUAAGAAGGUGGUGAAGCAACGCCACGCUUUCGCCGACGCACAUUGUAAGUAUUUUGAGUCCCUCUCUGCUGUUGCGGCUUCUGUUGCUGUGUUUGUUUCUCAGUAUUCUUCUUCGACUUCGAAGUUGUUCAUUGCGUUUGGUUCGUCUGAUUCUACUGCGAUUCCUCAAUCUAAUUCCAUUUCCCGAAUUCCGGGUAGUUCGGGGGAGAAUGGAAUUGAAGAAGAGGAGAGAGAAAAUGGGGUUUGUGAGUUUUUUUAUGGUGCUGUUGAAGAGGAAUGUAAGUGGGAUUUCUUUAAUGUGGUUGAUGAGAAGAAAAAGGUUGAAGAGAAGAGGCAAAUUAAGGAGGAAUUGAAAGAGGUAAAACAGGGGAAUGAGAAUGGAAGGGAAAUUAAGGAGGAUUUGAAAAAGGGAAAACAGGGGAAUGAGAAAGGGAACGGAAGGGAAUUGUUGGAAGCGUUGAAAAAUUUGGAGGAAUAUUUUCUAAGAGCAUUUGAUUCUGGGAAGGAGGUUUCAAAGAUGUUGGAAGUUACUACGAUUUCUUCAUACCCUGAUAUCAAAGAAAAUGCAAGUAGGAAAAGAUCUAUCUCAUCUAGAUCUUCCUCUUGUAAGAGUUUUCUUUCGUCUAGCUCAAGGAGUACUUCAUCAACUUGGGCGGAGAGUGGAGGUGAUCGUAAGAGCUUACUAUCAUGUAGUUCAGAUAUUUCUUUGACAGUGAAGGAAAACAGAAAUGAUCUUGAUGGUCGCUGUGGAAUGGUAUCUGGUAGUCACUCUUUUACCCUAGGAAGGUUGUAUGCUUGGGAGAAGAAGCUCUAUCACGAAGUUAAGGCUGGGCUACAAACUCAGAAAAUAUACAAGAAAAAAUGCUCACAAUUGCAGCAGAAGGAUGUCGAAGGAGAUGACUUGUGCCCAUCUAAAGCCUCGUCUGAAGUUACUGGUCUUUACCAUCUGAUGUUGGUUGCUCUGCAACGUGCUGAGUCAAUCUCUAAUCAAAUCGAGAAAGUUAGAGAUGAAGAGCUCCACCCUCAACUUUUUGAACUUCUACAUGGUCUAACAAGAACUUGGAAGUCAAUGUCAGAAACCCAUGAUCUUCAGAGAAAGAUUAUGCGAGAAAUCAACUCAUUUAGCUGUCCAGAACACAGAAAAUUCAGCAUUGACUCUCACUGUCUAGCUGCUCAUCAACUAGAAGCUGCAAUUCAGGAUUGGCAAUCUAGCUUCUCAGACUAUGUCUCUACACAGAAAGCCUAUGUAAAAUCUCUUCUUGGUUGGCUGUCAAAGUUCAUUGAUGCAGAAUCCGAAUAUCACUAUGCUAGCAGAUUUUCACUCCCACCAAUGAGAUUCAAUGGGCCACCUUUGAUAGUAACUUGUAAGAGCUGGUCAACUUCUUUGGAAAGGUUGCCAGAUAAGUCAGUGAAACAUGCCAUGAAAAGCUUGGGGAAGGAUUUGCAAGCAUUGUGGGUUCAGCAGGGAUUGGAGCAGCAACAGAAACGGAAGGUUGAUGGACUUGAUAAAGAAUUGAAUAGGAAGAUUCGUACUUUAGGAAAAACUGAGGAUAAAGCACUUGUAGCUAAAUACACAGCAUUCCACAAAGUGGAGGAGCAAACUGAGUCUCUUGGUGAGAAGGAGCAGCUCGAAAUGUUUAAACAAAAAGUCGAAACAGAGAAAGAAAGAUAUCACAGCAGCAUGCAGGAGACAAAACGGAUAACAAUGAAUAGUCUUCAGAUGGGUUUUUCCUCAGUUUUUGAGUCACUGGCUGAUUUUUCAAGAGCUUCUGCCAAAGUUUAUGCUAAUCUUGUUACAUAUUCUCAUAACGCUAAUGGUUUGAAACGGGCAUAGACUUGCAGAUAAGUCCAUUUUCGUAACAAUCUGCUAUAACUGUCAGAUACUUACAGUAUAGUUGUCACUUGAGUUCUUUAUUUGAGAUAGUUUGGUGGAUAGAUAAUAACAUAUGCUGGGAGUUACGUGAGUAUUUUCUCUCAAGAAAUGAAAGCAAGUAAAUAGCAGAUCUUAGUAUUUUAGUCUUUGUCAUAGGAAGUACAUGCGAGAUUUUGUUUGAAUAUUAAUAUUAUCCGAAAUGGGUAAUAAAUUGAGUAUUAAUGUUUUUAAGUGGAAUUUUACGCUGCUCCUGGUUCCUGAGGAGAUGCUUUGGUACUCCUCUGUUCAAUCCAUACUUGUAUGUAAACUGUGUUAAA